UGGAGGCCCUUGCAGCAGACUGCCUGCAGGCAGAGAAGUCCCACUCAGUUGCUGUGCUGGCCUCGGAGACUCCCGUCCCCCCACUGCCACUCCUGGCUGAGCCCUCCUGCCUCCUAUGCAGGCCGAGUUGUGAAGGCUGCUUUCCUGGCGCAGGCCCCAAGUGGCAGCCGAUCAGCUGAGGUGCAGGCAGCUCGGAGUACGGAGCCUGCACCAGAGCCAGGCGCUCCCGAGGGAGAGGGCCACAGAGCGGGGCCUCCCCGGGCGCUGGGGUCUCUUGGCCUUUGUGAAAACGAGGAAGCCAGAGAGAGGCCCAGAGGUUCCCCUCGAGGUCCGGUCAUUUCUGAGAAAACUGGAGGACAGAGUGGCCGCGAGUCAGACGUCCCUCCGAACUUAGGCCGGGGAGCAGAGGGCAGGGGCGGCUGGAAGGGGCGGCCUUUCCCGUGCAGCGCCUGUGGCCGCAGCUUCAAGUGCUCCUCGGACGCCGCGAAGCACCGGAGCAUCCACUCCGGGGAGAAGCCGUACGAGUGCAGCGACUGCGGGAAGGCCUUCAUCCACAGCUCGCACGUGGUCCGACACCAGCGGGCGCACAGCGGGGAGAGGCCCUAUGCGUGCGCCGAGUGCGGCAAGGCCUUCAGCCAGAGCUUCAACCUCCUCCGGCACCAGCGCGUGCACACGGGCGAGAAGCCCUACGCGUGCGCCGACUGUGGCAAGGCUUUCGGCCAGAGGUCGGACGCCGCCAAGCACCGCCGCACCCACACCGGGGAGAGGCUGUACGCGUGCGGCGAGUGCGGGAAGCGCUUCCUGCACAGCUCCAACGUGGUCCGGCACCGGCGGACCCACCACGGGGAGAACCCGUACGAGUGCCGGGAGUGCGGCCAGGCCUUCAGCCAGAGCUCCAACCUCCUCCAGCACCAGCGCGUGCACACGGGGGAGCGGCCCUUCGCCUGCCAGGACUGCGGCCGCGCCUUCAGCCGCAGCUCGUUCCUCCGCGAGCACCGCCGCAUCCACACCGGGGAGAAGCCCCACGAGUGCGGCCACUGCGGGCGCGCGUUCCGGGCGCUGUCGGGCUUCUUCCGGCACCAGCGGCUCCACACGGGCGAGAAGCCGUUCCGCUGCACCGAGUGCGGCCGCGCCUUUCGCCUGAGCUUCCACCUCAUCCAGCACCAGCGGGUGCACGGCGCCGAGUGAGCCGGGGCUGCCGCUGAAGAGAUGCCAGUGGCCUGGUGGGCGUAAGGCUGAGGCCGGGUGAGUCCUGUCCACACCAUGCACGGUGAGGAAGUAACAACCGGCUGCUCGCCUGGUUCUCGGGCUGCAGAAGCCUCGCCCAGCCUGCACCUGCCUUGGCUCAGGAGCAGUCAGGAGAGACAGGGCUCGGCGAAGGUGAGCGCUGCCCAUGGGAGGCGAUUCCCAGAGGCGGGGAGGUCUCAGGGGUCUGUCCCGGGCCGGCCGCCCGCUGCUGAGACGCCUCCCCUCCCGCGGUCAGCUGCAGCGAAGGUCUCAUCUGCUGGGGUGUAGUGGCCGGUGAUUGAAUGGGUCAUUCCUACGCAGCCAGGCCUCCAUCAAAACCCUGCAUGAGACGAGGGGCUGAGGGUCUCGAGCUUCAGGUUGGUCAAGGCGGGGUGGGGGGGGUGCAGUUAGGAAGGGGGCCUCACGCCCUCCCCCCGUACCUUGCUGGCAAGCAGUUCAUCUAUGUCUUUCAACGACUUUUCACAGCUGUUUGCUAUGGUCCCGAGUUCUGUGUGCUUAGAAAAUUAUGGAACUUGGCCGGGCGCGGUGGCUCCUGCUUGUAAUCCCAGCACUUCGGGAGGCCGAGGCGGGCGGAUCACGCAGUCAAGAGAUCGAGACCAUCCUGACCAACAUGGUGAAACCCUGUCUCUACUAAAAAUACAAAAAUUAACUGGGCGUGGUGGCGUGCGCCUGUAAUCCCAGCUACUCGGGAGUCUGGGGCAGAAGAAUCGCUUGAACCCGGGAGGCGGAGCUUGCAGUGAGCCGAGAUUUCCCCACUGCACUCCAGCCUGGGCGACAGAGCGAGACUCCAUCUCAAAAAACAAACAAAAAUUACGGAACCUGAGAAGGGGGUCGUAGGGACCCCAGGGCCCACUGUCUGCACUUGGCAUCUGAGGUGGGGGUGGUCUUGUGGGACUGACCCCUUACCCUGUGGGUUCUGCACUAACUCCGGGCAGUUGGUGUCAGAAUCGAGUUAAAUCGAAGGACAUCUCGUUGGUGUCUGAGAGUUGGAGAGCUGGUUGGUAUGGAGGGAAAGGCUCACAGCACAUGAUGUCAGAAGUGUUCUGUGGGUAGAGGAAUCGUUUUGUCUUUGAGACUGUUAUGAGUAUGUACAAAUGUUAUUUCCUGUAAAAUAUUUUCAUUCUUUAAAAUGUUAUUUCCGAGAUAGAAAAGUAGAAGUGUCUCUUUGGGGAACGUUUUUGGGUGCGUAUAGUAAAGCACUGUCACCAUGAAUUAA